AUGCCCGUGGAUGCUCUGAUUCAGCCCAGCAUAGCCCAUCCCACAUUUUGUCAUUUGCCACUGGAUGCUGCAGCUGGGAUGAUCUAUCGCACCCCCCAGUCCCAACUUGUGCUGUUCAACGCUGCCUCUUCCCUGCAGGCGGGACAAGCAUUUAGGAAGUUUCUGCCUCUCUUUGACCUGGUGCUGGUGGAAAGGAGUGCCGUGGAAGCUGUCACCAAAGGAGGCAUAAUGCUACCGGAGAGGUCCCAAGGAAAAGUGUUGCAGGCGACAGUAGUGGCUGUGGGAUCGGGUUCUAAAGGAAAGGGUGGAGAGAGUCAGCCAGUUAGUGUGAAAGUUGGAAAUGAAGUUCUUCCAGAAUAUGGAGGCACCAAAGUAGUUCUAGAUGACAAGGAUUAUUUUCUAUUUAGAGAUGGUGACAUGCUUGGAAAAUACGUAGAUUGAAAUCUGUUGAAAUGGCGUCACACGAAGCUGCCCAUUCCACUGAUAUUCUGAAAUCUUUCAUCAUGUAACUAAUUUCCGUGUCUCUUUUAUAAUAAACUAAUGCUGUCUGAUGA